GCCGCGGACGUGCCGGAGGACCUCGCGCUGCUGGGGCCGGAAGUGCGUGCGCUCGGCCUUUCCGCCUCCCUCGCGGCGAGCGUCAGGGCGCAGCGGCGUGGUCCGCGCAGAGGGUUCCCGGCCAACUGCUUGUUCGCGGGCCCCGACGCCGCCGCGCUCAGUCCUGCUCCUCGGUCGAGGGAAGAUGGUGGGCCGGAACAGCGCCAUCGCCGCCGGUGUCUGCGGGGCUCUUUUCAUCGGGUACUGCAUUUACUUUGACCGCAAGAGACGGAGUGACCCCAACUUCAAGAACAGGCUUCGAGAACGAAGAAAGAAACAAAAGCUUGCCAAGGAGAGAGCUGGACUUUGCAAGUUACCUGACCUUAAAGAUGCUGAGGCUGUUCAGAAAUUCUUCCUUGAAGAAAUACAGCUUGGUGAAGAGUUGCUAGCCCAAGGUGAAUAUGAGAAAGGUGUAGACCAUCUGACAAAUGCAAUUGCUGUGUGUGGACAGCCACAGCAGUUGCUCCAGGUGUUACAGCAAACUCUUCCACCACCCGUGUUCCAGAUGCUUCUGACCAAGCUUCCAACGAUUAGUCAGAGAAUUGUAAGUGCUCAGAGCUUGGCUGAAGAUGAUGUGGAAUGAGAAAAUGUCAACAUAAUCUCAAUUAAAAAUAUUUUUAAAAUAUUAAGUCGGAAGAUGAGCAGCUCUGGGGGAAAAAGGGCAAAUAGGCUUGUUAUGGACUGUCCUACACUGAAAUCUACCAAAGUUAAUUUUUACUUUGUGUAGAUCCAUUCGUCUGUUUUAUUUAUUUUUCCCAGUGAAAAGUGUAUUUUGAUAGAAAACUUUUCAUUUUAUAAAUACACUAUGAGUUACAAAAUAAUCAUGGAUUUAUUUUAUUCCUAAAACGUGCAAUUAAAGUGUGUACAUAUAAAAUCACAUUACUUAGGUUGAAAAUACUCAGUGCUUAGUUUUGAAAGAUAGGCAGAAAAAGUAUAGGAGAAAGCUGAAGAAUGCACGUUUUUUUAAGCUAGUACAUUUGCUCUACAUAAAAGAAUUGGAUGGAAACUAUCAAAACAGCAUUAAAAUCUUUGAGAGAUUAUUUUUUUCCAUUUAAUCUCUUAAAUAUGUGAGAUGUGCUGCUGUGUUGUAUUAAUUCACCCCCUCCCUGUGUAUUUGUCUUGAAAUGUUUAGUUUUAAAUCGGUGGGCUUAAUGUGUUCUGGAUAUUUAUCUCCUUGUAUUUUAGAUAUAUGUAGUUGCAAAUAGCACCGGGAAUUAGAUCUAUGUACAUCCCUAAUCUAGCCAUGUGAGCUUCACCAAUUAUUGUCUGCCCUCUUUUCUCACUUAAAAAAUGAGGGAAUUGGUCUGUUAAUUCAGAUAAGUGUCCCUUUCAGCUUUUGGUUCUGUUUAGCAUCUUCAAAUCCACCUUCUGAGGGAUAUGUUUGUUUGGACAACCAGGCCUUGCAUUUUUUAUACUCUGAAGUUUGCAUGCUUGCCUGACUUAGUAUUUCUGAAUUGAUCCCCUGCCCUCUCUCUCUCUUUUUUUUUUUUUUUUAAAAGAUCUAACUUGUGUUGAUUUUCACUGAAAGCAUAUGGUUCUGUCAUUACUCUUGUAAAUCUGAAACUUAACCUUUGGGGUAACUGGGAUGAUAAGCUUGUAAAAUGUUUGUUCCCUUUUGCUUUUAUCUUCAGUGUAUCUCCUUAAUCCUCUUUCAAUCUGAUUCAUUUAUCUUGUUAUGGUGAGAAUAAGGUGUAACCUUGUGGCUGAAGACUUGCAAAGAAUGGAGGUGUUCUCAAAAUAGUGACAUGUUAUCUGCAGUCACAGAUUGAACAUUAGGUCUGAGAAUAAAGAUCUUGAUACUUACUUGU